AUGGGCUUAACUUCCGCCGUCGCCGCCCUGGCCCCCGCCCCCGGAGCGCUGGGCUCCCGACAACCGCCCGAGGCCGAGCCCGUAGCCCCAGUGCCCAGCCGGCCCCCCGCCGCCUCGAGGCCGCUCAUGCAGCUGCACGCGGCUGAACACGAUGCGCUGGCCCGCCUGCUGCCCGUUGCCCCGGCAGGGGAACACGCGACGGUGGCCUGGGGCGGCCGCCCCUGGCGCUGGGCCCUGGUCGCCGUGCCCCUGGGGGGUCCCGUCGCCCGCCGGCAGUGGAAAUCCCGCGGCCUCGUCACCCAUUGCCUCCUCGCCGUCGCGCUGGCCUUCACCGUCACGGUCGCGCUGGCCCUGACCGUCGUCACCGUCGCGCUGGCCCUGACCGUCACCGUCGCGCUGGCCCUGACCGUCACCCUCGCCGUCACCGUCACCGUCACCGUCACCCUCGCCGUCAGCUGCCUCCAUGACCUGGUCUGCUCCCCCGCCGUGGUCAGGGUCCGUGAGAGCAGCGAGGUGAUGGUCACCCACUGGCAGAUGGCAAUGAGGACAGCACGCUAUCCUGUGACUAUCAGGGCCCUCUGCCAGGCAGCGUGGGGAGCGUCUCUGGUCCAGACUCCGCCGCCGCCGCCGCCGUGCAUCCUGCCCCUCCCAGGCUGGGGAGAGACAUCAGCCCACCUGAGGGAAAGAAGCAGAGACUGAUGGGAGUCCCACCACCUCUAACUGGCUCUGUCUGUGUCCCAGGGCCCACGGGGAGGGCUCAGACACCUGGAGCUGACGCUGGAGCUAAGAAGGGGUCAGGACCACGUGGGGUCAGGCUGCACCUGGGCCCUCACCGGGAUCGGAGGUGCCGGCCCGGGAGCCUCGCCCCUGCUCCUGAGCGGCUAUGACCUCCUGUGAGUGCUCACUGUGCCCCAGGGCCUGGCUCUCAAUCCUACUACUGCCCCGAGGAGGGAAGGGGGUUUGGGUGGCUGGGGGCGGUGGAGGCCUCACUUUUUUUUCUUAACCAAGGCAGUGAAGGCCUAGAGAGUGUCCGUGACUUUGA